AUGGCACCACUACUUUUAAGAAGAAACAUGAGCGAGAGAGACAGAGAGAGGGAGGUCACUCUGUCUUUCUUCCUACCCAUUCCUUUCACCAUGGCUCUUCGACACAACGUCUUGCUUUUCCUUUGCAUUUUACAUUUUGUUAACGCACUCUACAAGCAAUGGAUUCCAGACACCAAUUUUGAAAACGCUACCAACUGGGAUAAAGGCUCUGUACCCUGCGGUAAUGACCAAGUGUUUUUAGCUCAGAGGAAAGUAUCAGUGUAUGUCGAAACGGCUCACACUAUCACUGGAAUGAGCUUGCCGGUGGAUGGAGAACUGAUUCUGGCAUCUGGCGCUGGGUUUACUGUAAGAGAAGGUGGAGAUCCUGGUUGUGGAUCUGGGGUCACGGCACACUUUAAAGACUCCGAAUCUAUGAAAUGGUUCGAUCCAACGAUGUGGGUGGCUGCGACCACUAUCAACGACCUGCACAGAGGUACAUAUCAGUUUUCAGUCCACGAGGAGAGUGUCCCAUGCCAGUAUGACGACGUGGUAUUUCGAGAGACCACCUCAUUCCGUGUGGACGUUUCAUCUGAUCAUGACGUGCCCGUGAAGAGUGUGUCUGUACUUGGGAAAAAGUUCACCAGCAGCUCUGAGUUUUCUCAGUACCUGACAUCCAAUUCUGGCAAACUGCAUUUCCAUGGCUCCUCCUCCCUAAAAGUUGGCGGUUCAGGCUGUGAGGCGGCGCAACUAUAA